AUGGGCGAUCGGGGGGAGGACAGAAUGGACAGGGAGUUGAGGUUUCGGAAAUACGUUCAAGAUAUCUAUGACAAGGACGAGGGGGACUUCCCUACGGCGGAGGAGUGGUACGCGUACCAGGAGGAGGUAGAAGACAUCAUCGAGAACUUCGUCGAGAACAAGAACGUCGCGGAGACGGAGGCGCGAGUGGCAAAGUACAAGCAGGAGAACAGGUCCCGCGUACUGUCGAAGGAAAUCAAGCAGCUGAAUCGCGCACAGCCGGACACCGGCGACGCUGCGCCGGACCCUGCCAACGGUUCGGCAAAGCAGGCGGAAGACCCCGCAGCGAGGGAACACCGCGAGUGGCUGGACGAGGCGAUGAACGCCGAGCAGCAGCCGGGCCACGGGGAGCGCGCAGCCCGCGCGGGGGGCUGGGACGCCUCCCUGCCGCACCGCCGCUUCCUGGCGGAGGCCCUGGCGUCGCUGUUCUGA